GGUUGUCUAACGAAUAUGGUCUAUAUAGCUCAUUUUUGGGUGCCUUCGUCUACAUUUUCAUCGGUAGUUGUAAAGAUGUUCCAAUGGGUCCUUCAGCUAUUUCAGCUUUGAUGACUAUGCAAGCCGUAAAAGGAAUGGGACCAGAAUAUGCCAUAUUACUUACUUUUUUAUCGGGAUUAACCCUGCUCAUUAUGGGGAUUCUAGGACUAGGUUUCAUCAUUGAUUUCGUGUCUGGUCCAGUAUCUUCCGGAUUCACUUCAGCAGUAGCUUUAAUUAUCGUGACCUCGCAGGUGAAAGACAUCUUAGGAAUCAAAGCCAGCGGGUCAACGUUUGUACAAACUUGGAAAAGUAUAAUAUCAGACAUUCAUAAUACCAAACCUUGGGAUGCCACUCUUGGAAUAGUUUGCAUAGCUGUUCUUCUCAUAUUGAGGAUAAUCAGCUCUCUGAAAAUUGGACCCACUGGCUGUGAUGAAGAACCAACCACUUUUCAGAAAAUUGUAAAUAAAUCGCUUUGGUUGAUUGGAACUGCUAGGAACGCCAUUCUAGUCAUCGUCUGUGGAUUCAUCGGACACUCUUUCUACCAGAACGGCCCGACACCAUUCGAAAUAAUAGGUACAGUUCCUCGAGGAUUACCGAAAGUUCGUGUUCCUCCCUUUGGAUACGACAAGGUAGUCAAUGGAACCAUUCAAACGGAGUCUUUCGUUACUAUGGUGUCGAAUUUGGGGAGCGCUAUAAUCGUGGUUCCGUUGAUUUUAAUUCUAGAGAAUAUUGCCGUAUGUAAGGCGUUCGCUAAUGGUAAAAUGGUCGAUGCCACCCAAGAAUUUUUAGCCAUAGGCAUCUGCAACAUGUUCAACUCCUUCGUCCAGGCAUUUCCUUCCACGGGAUCACUUUCCAGGAGUGCUGUCAGUAAUUCCAGUGGGGUACGAACUCCCCUUGGUGGGCUCUACACUAGUAUCCUGGUAGUAACAGCAUUGCUUUUCUUCACUCCAUACUUCUAUUUCAUUCCAAAAGCUACCCUAGCAGGAAUUAUUAUAGCAGCGGUUAUAUUCAUGGUUGAGGUUAAGGUUGUCAGGCCUAUGUGGAGGACGAAAAAACUUGACUUGAUGCUGGCUCUAAUCACAUUCAUAGCCUGCCUCGUACUUGCUUUAGAGAUUGGAAUAUUAGUUGGAAUUGGAAUCAAUUUGCUAUUCAUACUGUACCACGCUGCGAGGCCCAAAAUAACUGUUGAACGUUUAACGUCCAAAGGCGGCGUCGAAUACCUCAUGCUCACUCCUGACAGAUGCCUAAUCUUCCCCUCUGUCGACUAUGUCCGCAACCUAGUCACGAAACACAGCAUUCGACAGGCCCUUCCAGUCGUCAUAGACUGCUCCCACAUAUACGGCGCUGACUACACUGCUGCCACUGUCAUUGAAAUUUUGUCCCAAGAUUUCUCCGCGAGACUCCAGCCACUAUUCUUCUACAACCUGAAACCGUCUGUUUGUACUGUUUUCGAAGGUUUAUCUCCCAAGGAUUUCGUCGUUUAUUACAACGAAGAUGAUAUCGAUAUUCUGUUGAAGAAACGUGCCUAUGCGAAAAAGGAAUUGGAAAGCGUCAGCGGACAAGGAUAGUUUCUAUUUCUCUAAAUGAUACAGCAGAGUUCAUAAGGUUCUUCGGUAGAAGUCGUAAUAUCAAGUUUUAUUAUUAUUUACAUUCCGAAUUAACGUUUCGUUUAUUAUUUGUUGAUAAAGACUUUUGAACCUUGUACUGGAUCGUGAUAUGAAAUAUAACCGUUAACCAAUAUUUUUGCCAAGAUACUUCCGAACUUGAUAAGACAGACAUUAGUGUUUCAAUCUACUUCAACUUUCUGUCAGUUUUAAUGGUUCUUUGUGUAGAAGUAAAAAACAUAAAAAAUCCUGUCCAACUGAUGUGCGUUAUCAAAUGCAAAAGACUUUUUUAUACGAAUGCGUUAGUCGACAGAAAACUUUUUGCUGAAGAGGUGCAUAUAACAUUUUUGUCGACGUCAUCAAUUGCAGCAACUAUGAAUUAGUUAUACUCUUUUCAUAAAUGCUGGUAUGAGUUCCGUCAAGUUGCAACUUUGUAUUGAAAAUAGAAAACCUUCAUUUUUAACUUUAUAUUCACGACAUCAAUUCAAAACUUAUACUGUUUCUGUUUUUGUAAGUACUACUUCAAUUAAGUUAAUAUUAGUGUCAGUUUCGUCAUUUUUUUGUAUUUAUUUAUUUGGAUAACAUUAUUGUGUCGAGAGCAAUAUAUUGAAUGAUGUUGAAGUA